AUGGAGACAGAACAUAUUUCGAACCUCCCUCCCCUUGUCUCGCCCAAUAUAGAGAUUGCGGAGACUGAUGUUCUCUCGCCCGCGUCUCUUCAUGCCUUGCCUAGUAUUGAGCCGAUGUCGACUCCUCCAGUUGAAGUGGAUGAUGGCCUUAUUCAAGGACCAAGCCAACAAACCGAGAAGACUAGGAGGCACUCCGCUCCCCUCACUCUUCCCUUGUCGGCCAUUGAGACGAUGCCGACUUCCCCAGUUGAAGUGGAUGAUGGCCUUAUUCAAGGACCAGGCCAACAAACCGAGAAGACUAGGAGGCACUCCGCUCCCCUCACUCUCCCCUUUUCGGCCAUUGAAACGAUGCCGACUUCUCCACCUCAAUUUAAUGGUGGCCCCUCUCAAGGAUUAGUCCAGCAGAUCAAGACACCAAAAGAAUGUCUAUUCAAUGAGCCGCUCAGCGAGCAAUUUCACUAUCCGGAGAUGGAAAAUGCCUUGAGGGCAUUGAUAGAUCGUACCAUAUCAGUUGUGGAGUACGGAUCCCAGGUUCUAUACAGAUAUGGAUACGCAGAGGUCUUGAUUCUCGUCGAGUGGGUAGUGCCCGAUGAGCAAAUGUCGCUUGCUUCACAGGUAUUGCUCGAUAAUGACUAUCCGCGAUUCCACGAGAAAAGGCUCCUGUGGGAAAAAACCAGUGGAUGGGACGCCCAAUGUUUGAUGCACAGUCUUGAUAGCCAGGGUUGGAUGCGUGUCAAUCUUCUCCCGCUCUCUUUGGUUGGGUUCACGCUUGAGGAGACCGUCACAGUUCCAUCGACAUUCGCUCAUGACCUCCACCUAUUCACCCCUGAACCUGCCCAUUUCAUGUCAUCUUUGAUUCGCCAUCUUCUACAACUACCAAUCAGACACGGUAGUCGGACCCGAAUUGAAAAGGACCUUAUGGCUUUUAUAUCCGCUUACAUCCUCAAAGACGGACCGGCUAAUAAAACCCUAUGGGAGCAUAUUCACGACACUGAGAGCGACCAAGACUACCAGAAAAGAGUUGAGGAAGGAGUCAAAUUCAUGAAGACAUGGGAUUGGAGCAAGACUGAAGGGAGGUACCUUGGUAUAGCUGAAUGUCUUGUCCGAGACUGCCAUUACGUUGGCAUGUUAACAGACGUGCGGAAAUCACGACACGCUCUGAGUUGA